ACUCAUUCAGAAAACCUAACUAGUUUGGUAAGUACACAAAAUCAGUUACAGAUCUUGAUAGCCACGUUAGAUAACUUAAAUAGUCGUUUUAAUUUAAAACGGAGAAGAAGUGCUUUAUAUAUGUGUUAUGGGCUUCUCCUUCUUUGCUGAACACACACCAGAGAAAGUAAUAUGAGCAAUCAUCAAACCACGGUGUUGAAACAACUAGAGCCAUGGUGUGAGCUAAACGGCAAAGUGGUUCUUCUGACCGGAGCUUCUUCUGGUAUAGGAAGAGAGGUCUGUCUCGAUCUGGGCAAAGCUGGCUGUAAGAUUAUCGCAGCAGCUCGUCGCGUCCACCGUCUCGAAUCUCUCUGCUCCGAAAUCAACAGCUUAAGCUCAACCGGGAUCCAAUUAGCCGCACCGCUCGAGCUAGACGUUUCAUCAGACGCAGCCACCAUUCAAAAAGCUGUCAAACAAGCUUGGGACAUCUUCGGAAAGAUAGAUGUGUUGAUCAACAACGCUGGAAUCAGAGGCAAUGUCAAGACGAGUUUAGAUCUGACUGAAGACGAGUGGAACACAGUAUUGAGAACCAACUUAACCGGACCUUGGUUAGUAUCCAAAUACGUCUGCAGUCUAAUGCGUGACGCAAAACGCGGCGGCUCAGUAAUAAACGUCUCCUCCAUCGCCGGUCUCCACCGAGGUUUGUUACCCGGUGGAGUCGCCUAUGCUUGUUCCAAAGGUGGUGUUGAUACCAUGACGAGGAUGAUGGCUAUUGAGUUAGGUGUAUACAACAUCAGAGUGAACUCGAUCGCACCGGGGCUUCUCAAGUCAGAGAUCACGCAAGGUCUUAUGCAAAAAGAGUGGCUUAAGAACGUGACCGAGAGGACUAUCCCGUUAAAGGUGCAACAGACCGUGGAUCCGGGACUUACCUCGCUGGUUCGCUAUCUCAUUCAUGACUCUUCUCGUUAUGUCUCAGGGAACACAUACAUUCUCGACUCCGGAGCUACAAUACCUGGCUCGCCUAUUUUUUCUUCUCUUUGAGAAGAAACUUGUGUGUUGGUGUGUAAUACUAAUAAGUGAAUACAUUUACACAUUUUCUUUACA